UCCUCCUUCCCCAGAAUGGACUAUAAAUGCUGCACAGCUCCACAGAGAAGGCACUCAGAGGGACCAUCCUCGCUCUCUAGCCCUAGCCCUCUCCACCUUCACAUUCUCUCACCAGCAGCCAUGAGCAUCAGUUUCCAGAGCUCCACAAUGUCUUCCAGGGGAGGCGGUGGAGCUAGCUUUGGAGGUGGCAGCUUUGGAAGUAGCGGUGGAGGUGGAUUUGUGAGGAGGAACUUCUCCAGCCAGUCCUAUAGUGCACCCAGCUCCUCCAGAAUGAGCUAUGGUGCUAGCUUCCGCCAUGGUGGUGCUGGUAUAGGCUUUGGUGCUGGUGGUGGUGGCGGCAUUGUUGCUAGCUCAGGCUUCAGUCUGGGCAGCAGUGCGGGAUCCUAUGGAGGAGGCUAUGGUGGCUUAGGUGCAGGUAGCGCCUUUGGUGCAGGUGCUAGUUUUGGUGGAGGUGCUGGUCUUGGUGGAGGUGCUGGUUUUGGUGGAGGUACUGGUUUUGGUGGAGGUGCUGGUUUUGCUCUUGGAAGAGGAGGAGGAGGAGGAGGAGGAUUUGCUGGUUUUAUUCCACCCACAAUCACUGCUGUCACAGUCAACCCAGGCCUCCUUACUCCACUAAAAUUAGAGAUUGACCCCAACAUCCAACUCGUUCGCACCCAAGAGAAAGAGGAGAUCAAGACACUCAACAACCGCUUUGCCUCCUUCAUUGACAAGGUGCGUUUCCUAGAGCAACAGAACAAGAUGUUGGAGACCAAGUGGAGCCUCCUUCAGGAACAGACCACGUCACGCUCAAACAUUGAUGCAAUGUUCGAGGCUUACAUUGCUAAUCUGCGCAGACAACUGGAUGGCCUUGGAAAUGAGAAAAUUAAGCUGGAGGGAGAGCUGAAAAACAUGCAGGGUUUGGUAGAGGACUUCAAAAACAAAUAUGAAGAUGAAAUCAACAAGCGUGCUACCGCAGAGAAUGAAUUUGUUGUCCUUAAGAAGGAUGUUGAUGCAGCCUACAUGCAGAAGAUUGAGCUUGAAGCUAAAGUUGAUGCACUUCAGGAUGAGAUCAACUUUCUCAGGGCUGUCUACGACGCGGAGCUGCAGGAGCUUCAAGGACAGAUCAAGGACACAUCAGUUGUUGUCGAGAUGGACAACAGUCGCAACCUGGACAUGGAUGCCAUUGUAUCUGAGGUCCGUGCUCAGUAUGAGGACAUCGCCAAUCGCAGUCGGGCUGAGGCUGAAUCAUGGUACAAGGCGAAAUUUGAGGAAAUGAGGGUGUCUGCUGGCACCCAUGGUGAUGACAUACGUAACACCAAGACUGAGAUUGCAGAGCUCAACCGCAUGAUCACACGACUCCAGAAUGAAAUUGAGGCAGUCAAGGGACAGCGGGCCAGCCUGGAGUCACAGAUUGCAGAGGCUGAGGAACGAGGUGAAUUGGCAGUAAAUGAUGCCAAACAACGUAUUAAGGAACUAGAAGAAGCCCUGCAGAGAGCUAAGCAGGACAUGGCACGACAAGUGCGUGAAUACCAGGAGCUGAUGAAUGUCAAACUGGCUCUGGACAUUGAGAUCGCCACUUACAAGAAACUCCUGGAAGGAGAAGAGAUUAGGAUUGCAACUGGUGGUGGAAAGACAACAGUCCAUAUUCAGGACACUUCCAUUAGUGGUGGAUCUGGCGGUGGUUACGGCGGUGGUUACGGUGGUGGUUACGGCGGUGGUGGUUACGGCGUUGGUGGCGGCAGUGGUGGCGGAUUCGGCAGUGGACUGGGCUACGGCGGGGGAGCUGGCCUUAGUUUGGGAGGAGGUGGUGGUGGUGGCAGCUUUGGGCUUAGUAGUGGCCUGGCCCUUGGUAGUGGUGGUGGUGGUGGAGGAGCAUUUGGAUCUCACUCUGGAUACAGUUUAAGUGGAGCCGGCGGUAGUGGAUAUUCCAUAUCUCGUGCCUCCACGAUAUCUUCCUCCCGCUACUAAGCAACGUUUUACCCAGUCCAUUUCUAACUAACUCCAGGUUCACCCUUCUGAGUUUGCUUUAGUAAACAAAAAAAAGAAAAAAAAAUUGUCCCCACUUAUUACCCACACACACAACACAAACACAUGUAAUUCAGUAGCCCUUUCCCCAGCACUACCACCACUCACCUCAUUCAUCAAGUCCAGCCCUGCUACAUGUGUUUAUAAAGCAUCCACUGGCAUGUAUCAAAUGUGUUUUCAUGUGUCUUACACAUAACAUAUCAUCUCAGUGCAACACUGGAUACUUUAUAUUUACAGAAUGGAAUGAUGAUGUCAAGUGUGUAAAGAAUAAAAUGAUUAAAAACAGAAAACAUA